GACGACAACUUCUAAAAGAGAGAAGAGACAACAACUCAUGGUGGUGGACUAACUCAAGUGAACAACUCAGAAAAUGUGUAAGGGAUUAGCUGCCCUGCCCCAGACAUGUCUGGAGAGGGCUAAAGAGAUCAAGACUAAAUUGGGAACUCUGCUUCAGAAGCCAGAGAAUUCCAUCGACCUUAUUAUCCCCUACCAGGAAAAGCCUGAGAAGAAACCAGAGAAGCUUCAGAAGGCCACACCUGAAGAAGCAGCCCAAUGGCGCGAGUCCCUUGAUAAGGUCCUCUCCAACAGCUAUGGUCUGGCCACCUUCAAGAGCUUCCUGAGAUCUGAGUUCAGUGAGGAGAACAUUGAGUUCUGGGAGGCUUGUGAGGACUUCAAGAAGACCAAGAACCCUCUGAAAAUGGCCACCAAAGCUAAAAAGAUUUAUGAGGACUUCAUACAGACCGGUGGGCCCAAAGAGGUGAAUAUCGACCACUUCACCAAAGAUGUGACUCUGAGAAAUCUGGUGGAUCUUUCUUCCUCCACCUUCGAGCUGGCACAGAGCCGCAUCUACACCCUGAUGGAGAAGGACUCGUUCGGCCGAUUCCUGCGCUCUGACCAGUACCAGGAGUUGCUCAAGUAAACCCACUCGACCAGCUGCAAGGAGACUUCACACAUUUAACUCAUUAAAAGAAAAAGAAUACUUUGAGCAUGCACUUUUUGAUGUAUAAGCUGAUUAACAAUACUGCAUCUGUUUAUUUGGAAAGACUGAAAAUGCAUUGCAAUCUCACUGUAAUUUGUAACUUUUUGAUUUAGUGGCUAAUUUGUAUUCAUUUGUACAAUCUCAUUCAUACAUUUUAGUAUGAUUUGUUCAUUCUACAAUGAGGGGUAGGUUUAGGGCCAGGGUUUGGUAGCUGUUACUUGUUACUUAAAAAUAUGAAUGACAUUGUAUGAAUUUAGCCACUUUUCUGGCAAUACAUAAAAUAGUUAUGACUCCUCGUGAGAUCGGGCUGAAAGAAAAACAUAAUAUAUCGUUUCAGUGUCUCCCUUCACCUGAAUGAAAUGUCCCAUUGCUAACAAGAACAUCUUGCCACAAACCUAAAUGAAUGUAUUUCCUGCCCAGUGCUCUGAAUGUCAAGAACUUCAAUGAAAAGAAGAAAAAGAUCAGGGUUUAAGAGAUAAUACACACUGAUGAAAUGUAAUCUGUCAUUACCAAGCAACUAAUUUGUAUGAUUUGAAGUUAUCUAAGCGCCUCAAAAUCCUGAUAUUCUCUAUUAAUUCUGUACAUUGUCCUAAUAAUUGGAGUCACACUCUUUUCUGACCCCUGUAGACUAAAUAAAGACCAAAACUGGUCCCUACUUGUAAUUACUGGCUUUUCAGCGUAAGCGCAGAAGUGGUUUUGUGUCAUUUUUCUUUAUGAGGACGCGCUGACCUGAGCGUCUAAGCAUCAUGUUUAUCAAAAGGAAGAGGCUGGGAAAAGGGAAUGGGUGGGAAUGAGUGUGGGCUGCCUUUUUUCUUGGAAACGUCUGUGUUAAUAUUAAAAAGCCCAAUUGGUAAACUGAAAGACGAUUUGGGGAAACAACCCACUCAUUAUUGAAAGCGUCACUAUAAGUCAUUGCUUACAAAAAAGCGUGACAUGUUAAGAUGCGCUCCAGUCUCUGGGAACUUGUUGUUUGGGUUACCCCUAUUGAAAGUUGCUAAGAUGGGAAUAUCAAGUAGGAGAGAAACUAUAUAAAGCACUGGGCACAUCGUUUUUUUACUAAAGGCAAUGUUUAUUCCCAUGCCACUUUAAAUCCAAAACACAUUUCGAUUAAGUCAUGGAAACCCAAAACAUUAGUGCGAGCAUUUAUCACGAUACCAUAUAUACAGUAUAAACACAUUGUAAGACAUAUAAACUAUUAUUCUAAACAAGAGUGAUUACUGCAAAAUGUUAUUGGUCCCACUUUAGAUUAAGUAUGCUUAACUAUUGGGUACUUGCAUCAAAAAAUAAAUACAAUGUACUUACUGUGUGCAUGAUGAAUUGCAGAACACUUCUGGAGGGAUACGGGAAUGGGUUAGGAACAGGUUCGGUGGUAUUGGAAGGUUUAAGGCUGGGUCAAGGUAAUUAAAGAUGCUAUUACUGAAAUUAAUUAAAGAUUUAAAUAUUUAAUCAAACAUAAAUACAAUGUAAGAACAUGUAAUUAAACAAUAGGUACAUUGUAACAACUGAUUAUUUUCAGUUUAAGUACAUAUCAGUUAAGGUCACUUAACAUUAAGUGGGACCAUGCUAUUGAUGUUGUCAUUCAGUAUAUUAUUUGCUUAUAGAAUCAUAAGUUGUUAGAGGCUUGUGAGUUUUUGCAAUAUGAGCGGCAGAUGUAAUCCACGAGUGUGAUGUUCAGUGUCAUUUUGCAUGUUUUUGAAUUUAAAGUGUGUUGCACAGACACUUAUACUCUUGCAUGUGUCUUUAUCGUAUUGUGUUUUGCCAUAUCACUAAGUCUAAUAACAUUCAUUUAUACAUGAGCAGUGAAAGGUGCUUCUAGUGGUCCUUACUGAUGUCCCGCAAUGCAAACUGUUAGUUCUCUGCAGGACAGGAUUAGUUUAAUGUGGUUAUUAAUUACUGGGAAUCACCAACAUGAAUAAAAUUACUUACUUUGAUGGGGAUCCUAAGAGCAGAAGAAGAAUCUGUUGAGUAAAAUGUGUUUAUAUAAAGUUAAAGUAAUUUAGAAAAUAAUAAUCAUGUUUUAUGAUAAUUAUGUAUUAUAAGAUACAUUUUUUGAGAUGCAAAUAUCAUUUAAAAUAUAUUAUUUCGGAGUGGGGAUUUGGAAAAAUUGUCAGUAAGGACUGACAGAGUACCUCACUUAUUAUAUAAGAAAUCUGCAUCAAAUUAUAUAUGCAUGUAUGUUUGCAGUUGAUCAUAUAAAAUCCAUAAUCACA